GGCUCGAGUACCCCUUUAGUGAUCCUUGUUUGCUGCAACGUCAAUGGCCGGAUAUGGAGAACAGGAUGCAGAGCCCCGAGAAGACGCUGAGCGUUUGAAGACAUUGCAGGAAUGGGUGCUUGCAAGCAGCGAAGAACUGAGCUCACCACAUGUGGUGGGCUAUGACUUUAAUCAAGGAGUGGACUACGAAGCCUUGCUGCAGUCAUACAUGACAACAGGCUUCCAAGCAACGAACCUCGGAAAGGCCAUUCAAGAGAUCGAGCAAAUGCUUGACUGGUCUCUUGCUGAUGAGCCAGUCCCUGAAGAUGAGGUUGAUGAGUUCAAAGACAUAGAGGCCCGGCGCCGCGUGCGCACCAAGAUUUGGCUCUCCUAUACGUCCAACCUUAUCAGCUCUGGCCUUCGGGAAACUCUUCGGUUUCUGGUGCAGCACCGCAUGGUGCAGGUCAUGAUCACCACAGCGGGUGGGAUUGAAGAGGACAUCAUCAAGUGCCUGGCCCCGACGCACCUGGGCGACUUCGCCCUGCCGGGUCUGGACUUGCGGCGCAAGGGCAUCAAUCGCAUAGGAAACCUCCUGGCUCCCAAUGAGAACUACUGCAAGUUCGAGGAUUGGAUCACGCCCAUCCUGAACGCCAUGCAUGACGAGCAGGAGAAGGAUGGUGUGGUAUGGACACCCUCGAAGAUGAUCCAUCGCUUCGGCAAGGAAAUCGACAAUCCUGAGUCCGUAUGCUAUUGGGCCUACCGAAAUAACGUCCCGAUCUUCUCACCGGCCAUUACCGAUGGCUCCAUUGGGGACAUGCUGUAUUUCCACAGCUACAAGAGGAGUGGUUUUGUUCUGGACCUUGUUCAAGACAUCCGUGCAGUGAAUGACCAAGCGAUGAAGGCUCGGAAGACAGGGGUGCUGGUGCUCGGUGGCGGGCUUGUGAAGCAUCAUUGCAUGAAUGCCAACCUCAUGCGGAAUGGUGCGGACUUCGUGGUCUAUGUGAGCACCGCUCAGGAGUUCGACGGCUCCGACUCCGGCGCGCGGCCGGACGAAGCGGUGAGCUGGGGCAAGAUCCGCGUCGAUGCACAGCCGGUGAAGGUACAUGCAGAGGCGACCUUGGUGCUUCCACUGAUGGUGGCCAAGACCUUUGCCCGCAGGCUUCAGAAAGGCGAGUGGAACGCAGAUGGCCGCCUCUUCGACAAGGCCUUUACAGCCUCUGAGAUCGAGCGAGAGAAGAAGAAGUGUUUCCCCAGCUGAGUGAUUCCGUAGCUCAUUUGUGGUCCAAUUGUGGCUCUGAGGAUGUGGGUAUGACCCGGGUUUGUGUUUUUCGUGCUGAUAGACCAGGUGGGUGUGACAUCUUGGGAGAACUCUGGGCACAGACAACGUGCUUGUGUCUUGACCGAGAAACACACCUGCCGUCGAGCUUGCCCCUGUGUAGGAACAUCCACAGCUACCGGCCGAAAAAGGCUGGAUCUGGGUCCAAAUGUACAGUGCGCGGAGUCCGGUAGAAAAGUUGCUAGGGAAGCAGAGGGGGCCUGGGCCGCCUGCACCCU